AUGGAAGAAGGUGCAAUCACAUUGUUGAAUAAUUUGGACCUCAAUGUUGAUAACUAUACCAUAAGAAUACGCAUUGUUCGUUUGUGGACAAGAGCUGAUUUCAAUAACGCUAGAAAAGUGUAUUGUUAUGAUAUGAUAGUCAUGGACAGUGAGGGAACAAAAAUGCAAGCUUUUGUUUUGGCUAAAAACGCAUCUGGAUAUCAACAUCUUUUGGAAGAAAAACGUUGUUUGAUGAUUAGAAAUCCUUCAUUGGGUGAGAAUCGUCAGAAGGUCAAGUACGCUAACGGUGGUUUUAAGAUUAACCUUAAUAACAACACCGUUGUUGAGGAAUGCCACGAGGCUAUUGGUUCUGAAUGGGGUUUUGAUUUUACUCCGUUUGAUUCAGUUGUGGAGGAUCCAACAGUUGACAACAACAAUAAGCAGAUCUUUGUGACACUUUGGGACGGUUAUGCGGAUCAAAUAAUGGAGUAUGAGAGCAGCAAUCGAGGUGAAGAAAAUGUCGUCGUAAUCAUUCAGUUUGGGAAAUACAUAUUCUGGGGAGGGCAUUUGUCUGUUUCAAAUUUGUAUACUGUCACCCGAGUCUUAAUUAACAGUGAUAUUGAUGAGGUUGCUGAGUUUAAACAAAGAUUUAUCGAGAAACUUUCUCCCGAAAUGUCUUCCAGUUAUUCUGGCCUAAGUUCUUCUGUUGUGAAGUCUGCCACUGAAGAGUUCCUUUCUGACCUCACUUUUUUUUCCCAUUGGACGAGGUUUGUUGUCAUUGUUGGCACUAUCAAGAGUUUUGCAUCGAACAAUGAGUGGUUUUACAACGCAUGCACAAACUGCAACAAAAAGGUUUCAACCGUUACUGUUGUUAAAGAAAAGCAGGAUGGUACUGAUGGUUUUGAAGAGGUUACUGUCUUGGAAUGCAAGACUGAUAUUUGUAAUACAAGGACCGUUUCAUCAAUUCCACGAAUUAGGCUUUAUAUACGUGUCCAAGAUUGCACUGGUAUUGUGAGUCUAACAUUGUUUGAGCGUGAGGUGACAAAGCUUUUGAAGGUUAAUGCUAAUCAGCUUUUAGACAACAACAUUGAAUUAGCAAACGAAGGAAGCUUUCCAAAGGAGCUAAAUUCAUUACUCAAUAUGAAGUUUGCCUUCAAGAUUGUUGUUUCUUCUUUUAACAUCAGCAAGAAGUCUGAUGGAUACUCAGUCUCCAAGAUGACUGAUAACCCGGUUGUUUUGUCCGAGCUUGAUAAACAUUUUGACACUAUUCAGCCUAUUGAUGAGGAAGCCGUCAAUGUCGAACCAUCCGAUUCAAAUCGUAAUGAUGAUUUGCCUGUUAAGGAUUCUAUAUCCCAAACGGGAGACGAUGUAACCCCUUGCUCAAAUGUGUUUAAAGUUGGCUUUACAACAUCGUUUGAUCAGAAGGAUGCUGACUUUGAUACGAGCAGCGAGCGUGACUUGAAGCGCAAUUUGGAUACCGUGUAUGACGUGGAUGAUGUAUCUUCGCAGUCUUCGUCGAAGUCGCGUAAAGAUGGUGGUGUGGAUGCAGUUCUUCUAAUUCCAAAGAAAGAAAAGUAGUCACCUAUAAUUCGAACAUUUGAUAUCAUCGGCUGUUUUUUCUUAAGUAUUUGGCUAUUUUUGUUUAUUUUGACAAUGGUUUUAACUGUGUGGUUGAUUUUUAUGAACAUGAUUGUCUUAUUGUUUAGUUGUUUGUUUUGAAUAUCAAUUGUU